UACCCAAACUGGUGGUACUUGGCAGUUGCCCCAAGAUGGCGAACGCGGUUGGUGUGCGAGUGAUUCGGGCUGAAAAGUGUGAAAAAGGCGAGAAGAAGUGCGGGUUCCUGUGUUAAAGAGCCCGUUAUUGCGGCGAUUUAAGUUUGAGAGGAGCUCGCACGAGUACUUUGGUGGCAUUACACGUGAAAAUAUAUAUCUGUCACAUUCAGCCCGAACUCGGGUUUUGGAUAGCCGCGCCUUUGCCAGCUGGUUUUCCGGGUCGACUAGAGAAACUAGAGAGCAGUAACAAUAGAGCGAAAUUGUGCCGGAGAUAACGGUUCAGACUCCCCAUUCAUCUUUGUUCAGGGUGAGCGGACAGAAAUGUAAAACGAAAUGGUUGUGACUGGAUCCAUGUACUACUUCUACAAGUUUGGAUCAACAAUAGAGAACCUCCGAGCACUCAGUGCCACCAGCGAUAUAAGCAGCAGCAUUAUUACUGUGGAAUAUCCAUCAAUAUUGCCAUCAGUAUCAACAUCACCAUCAACACUUAAAUUAAAAGCAACAUUGACGUUAACGCAUAAAUAAAGUCUUCGUUUAAUUGCGGGUUUUUAUCCGCUUGGUUUACUCCGAAGAGACACUCCAAGGCUGAUUAACUUCCAUUAUUUAAAUUUAACACCGGCUUCCGACUUACGAAUUUUGUGGCAAAGUUGUUGUUAACUGGUGGAUUACGAAUCGAGUUAUGGCAACGAUGGCUGGCGGCGAAUAUACUUCUGUUAAGGAUUUUUAUAUGGGGAGAUCUAUUUUCAUCACCGGGGGCACUGGUUUCAUGGGAAAAGUACUCGUUGAGAAAUUACUGAGGUCAUGCUCUGGGAUUAAGAAUAUUUAUUUACUUAUGCGACCUAAGAAGGGGCAGAGUGUGCAAGAAAGGCUACAGGAGCUUCUUAAUGCACCGUUAUUCGAUAAACUGCGUCGUGAUAGUCCACAUGAACUGACGAAAAUAGUACCGAUAGGUGGUGACGUAACUGAACCGGAACUUGGAAUAUCAGCAGCUGAUCGUGAAAUAUUAACAAGAAAUGUAUCGAUUGUAUUUCAUUCAGCGGCGACUGUUAAAUUUGAUGAGGCACUUAAUCUAUCGGUUAUGAUCAAUAUGUUGGGUAGUCAACAACUGGUACAUCUAUGCCAUCGAAUGGAUAAUUUGGAGGCACUUAUUCACGUGUCAACGGCUUACUGCAAUUGUGACCGUAAAGAAGUCGAUGAAGUUAUUUAUCCACCGCCUCAAGAUCCCGAGCAAGUUAUCAACUGCACCAAGUAUAUAAAUGACAAACUAGUCGAAGAAUUAACGCCUAAGUUAAUUGAAGGUCGACCAAAUACCUACACAUUCACCAAAGCGCUUGCAGAGACUAUGUUACAAGAUCGUUGUAGUGGAUUGCCGGUUGCUAUUGUCAGACCCUCAAUAGUCUUGUCAUCGUUACGAGAACCGAUGGCUGGAUGGGUAGACAAUUUAAAUGGUCCCACUGGGAUAAUUGCCGCUGCUGGCAAGGGAUUCUUUAGAACGAUGUUGUGUCACGAAGAAAAGGUAGCAGACUUUGUACCGGUAGACAUAGUGAUAAAUUUGAUGAUAUGCGCGGCCUGGAAAACUGCAGCAGCACACCGUACAGAUCCAGACACAAUAACAGUGUACAAUUGUUGUACCGGGCAACAAAAUCCAAUAACAUGGAAAGAAUUUAUUGAUUUGUCAUUUAAAUAUAGUAGAAUACACCCAGCAAGAGAUGCAGUGUGGUAUCCGGGUGGUAGUUGCCAAAAGUACUCAUAUUUGAACAAAAUAUUCAUAACAUUUCAGCACAUAUUACCCGCACAUAUUCUCGAUCUCAUAGCUCGAUUGAGAGGUACUAAACCAAUAAUGUUACGUGUACAGGCUAAGUUAACAAAAGCCGCGACUUGCCUCGAAUAUUUUACAACACAACAGUGGAAUUUUAAGGACGACAAUGUACGGAGACUCAAUCAGCAGCUGAGUCCUGAAGACCGUAACACUUUUAUGUUCGAUGUCAGGCAAAUCGACUGGCCUUCCUAUUUGGAGAAUUAUAUUAUCGGUAUACGACAGUUUAUACUCAAAGAGAGUCCGGAAACACUGCCAGCUGCGCGUUCACAUAUUAUGAGAUUAUAUUGGCUUCAAAAAGUGAUACAAAUUGGCGCAGUAGCACUUGUAAUACGUCUUCUUCUGUCCCGUAGCUCAAUCGCAAGAUCCGCGUGGUUCAUGCUUCUAUCCAUAGUACUCCGUAUGUGCCGUAUGAUUGUUUGACGGCUCAGAGCCAAAUUUACCAUUUUACACAGUAAUGUUAUUAAUGCAAAAAUGCAAAAGCCAACAGAGGAGCUUAGUUGCAAGGUGCGAAUUGUCCUUCGACCUUCAUCGCCGGCAUCAUCGACAUUGACGACAUCAACAUCUUUAUCACCAACGUCAACAUCAACAUUAUCAACACCAUCAUCAUCAUCAGCAUCAACAUUACUUUCACCAGCACAGCUCAGUAUCCCCGACGACGACGCUCUCAUUUCGCUCCCAAACGUUGGCCUUUUUAACGUUUGUAUUUGUUCAUAAGUUAGCAACUGAUUUAGUAUACUCGCGAUUUGUCUGCGACAAUUACUGGUUUAUUAUUUUAAAAAAUUUGUCUGCUACCGAUUAACUACUGGCUAUUGUAUCUAUUACCACCAGAGCAGCGACUACUUUCAACUUUAUAUUAUUCAAAAGUUUCCAUUUUUUUAUUUUAUUCAUCUACAUAAUAAUAAUAAUAUUAAUUAUUAUUAUUAUUAUUAUUAUUAUUAUUAUUAUUAUUAUUAUUAUUAUUAUUAUUAUUAUAAAAAGUGGAAUUGUAAUUUAUUAAAUUUGUUAAAAUUUUAAUUAUCAUAAUUACAAACGAUGGCAAUUAAAUGUCCGUUAUUUUGUGAUAUAAAAUAUAUUCAAUAAUACAUAACGAUUGCUGCUUCUCUAGACUAGAAAUAAAUGAAAAAAAAAAUAGAAAUAAAUAAAUAACGGAAGUAAUAACUAAAAAUAAAAAUCCGUUAGCCGCUUAUUCGGUACCCGACAUAUUUUUAAAUAAAUCUUUAUAUUUAUUUAUUUAUUUGUAAAUUAUUAUUUUCUGUGACUUUUUGUAAGAUACCUAGAUCGUAUUUAAUUGAUUGAUUGAUUGAUUGAUUGAUACCGACCCUAUUGUUAUUAUUUUAGUAAAUGAUCCAUUUAUUUCGGACAUUUGUAUUCGAUAUUAGUUUAUUGAUACUUUUAAAACUUGAUGAUUGAUGAGUUAUUCAUAAACUGCCACUCUGCGGACAGAUUGAUAGCAGAGCACAUUUUAAGUAAAUAAUAGACAGAAAAAUAUAUAUUCAAAUAAAUUGAUAAUUAAUUAACAUAAAGUAAAUUAUUAUUGAAUAAUACUUAACGAAAGAUUUUUUUACAAAUGUCGGAGUUUCAUUUUAUUAACAAAAAGUUUCUACGUAUCUUGCACAGUUAUAUCGUCACAGUUCAUAAUUAUAUUUAUUAUUUACUAUUAUUUGUUAAUUUUGAAGGCAUUGGCAACUUAGUUAUUCAAAAUGAAAUAUUGUCCAGCAGAAAUUAAAAAAAAAAGUUAUAUAUAUUAUAUAUAAAUAAAUUACUAUAUAUUAAGGUGGUUUUAAUUGAAUGAUUUUUGAAUUUUUGUCGCGGAUCUUCUAGAUAUAUUCUGAGUUUAUAAAUAUAAAUUUUUUUUUAUUCGUUUAGAAAGUAUCUAAAAAAUGCGAAAUAAAAAUUUUAAAAAUCAUUGAAAUAACAACAACCCUACGAUAUAUAAAUAUAUAAAUAAAUAAAUUAAAAGCGAGUGUGCAAUUAAUAGCGUGUUCGAGUAAUUGAUUAGAAAUAAUUUGAGUGAAAUGCAAAAAAUAAUAAAAAUAGGAGGUUGUAAAUACGAAAUUGCUGCUAAUAAACUAUGUAUUAUAUAGUU